ACGAAACGUAGCAGUUUUUCAAGCUAGAGCGCGUCGGCGUUCGUUACUACAGUACAUAUCGAAAACCCAGCUUCAGCUUCCGUCCUCGCCACUUCUUCUUCUCUCCGCUCACUGCCAUGCCCUCUGCUGAAGUGGAUAUCGACAACAUCCGCGCUGACCACGCGCCGCUGUCGCCGGAUAAAUACGCGGCCACAGUGCCGGCCACCAGCAGCACGGCCAGUUUCAAGGCCUACUCCUUGGGCGAUGAGGAGGACAUUGACGACAGUCAGGUGCCGGCUUCGGCCCCCACGCGUGACUCGUUCGACUACCGCCGUGUACAGCAGGCCAGCAGCUUUGACGUGCAGGAGAUGAUCAACAUGCGUGAGAGCAACGUCCGGGACAGCCUCAUGCCGGGCCGCGAGCCCGGCUCCAACCACGACUCAGGCUCCAACAGCGGUGGCAGACCUACGGAAAUGGGCAACGCGCUCAUGCGCAUGGACGAGAGCUACCGUCGAGCAUACAACAGCAACCAGCGACCGUCGGCCAUGGGUACAACGCCCGACGGUCUGACACCGCUGUUGCAGGCGGCCCGGGCCGGCGACAUUGUGCUAGUGAACGCGCUAGUCAUCCAGGCCGGCACGGAUAUCCUCCGACGCGACCCCAUGUUCGGCCAGACGGCUCUGCACUUCGCCAUUCGAGGUGGCCACCUCAACGUGGUGCAGGCGCUACUCAUGCCGCAGUUGCGCGGCUCCAUCGUUAAUGUAGCCGACAACCGCCGCAACACGGCGUUGCAUUUGGCCGCGGCCAAGUCGCGUCGUAUGACCAAAGUGCUGUUGGAGUGCGGGGCUGACGUCAACUUCCUCAAUAUGCGUAACCAGACGCCGUUGGGUGUCCACAUUUUGACCGUCACAAGGGAUGACCCGACCAUGACGGAGAUCCUGCUGCAGCACCGCGCGAAUGCCAAUGCUCCGGUGGAUAAAUCCACGAUUCUGCAUGUGGCCCUGGACAAGGGACUGAUUCAGGUCGCUACGCGACUUGUGCGCCACGGGGCCAGACUUGACCUUAAGGACGAGUCGGGCAAGACCGUAUUCGACAAGGUGGACCAGACCCAGCUCAAGAUGCUCAUGGCCAAGGUGGCCCACCCACCCGUAUGGGUACCGGACAGCGAGCGGUCCGAAUGCAUGGAGUGUCAGAAGAAAUUCGGCAGUCUAGACUCUCGUAGACACCACUGCCGCUUGUGCGGCCGAGUGCUGUGCUCCGCCUGUUCGGCGUGCCACGUGCGGGCCAAGAAACUGCCGUUCCCGGCCCGUCGCCGCGGUAAAAAGAACAAGGCCGAGAAAGGAUCGGCCAACACUCGUGUGUGCAAUAUGUGUUACGAGAUCUGUACUGAAGGCGACCUGCGGUUGUCGAACAACGGUGGGUUGGGGGCCCGGGCACACAGCGAUACAGCAUAACCUGGGGCGUGCCGUGCAAGCGUGAGCUUCUCCGUGUCUCCCGUGCUCUUCUCUCUUAUUUUUUCGCCUACGCUUUGGUCCGGAUGAUGGCUGUUGUUAUAGAAGUAGGCAUGUGGUCCCAAGAAGCUCUUCCAGACGUGUGGAAACGCAGAUACAGACAGGUAUACUCUUCUUCAUGUACGAGGUAGUGCAUGACGUGGCUUUCACGGCGGUGAUAAGACCACUACACAAGAAAUCAUUUCAGUACUCUAC